CCUGUGCGCUUCUCUGACUCAACCUGCUCUGCCGCUGCUGCAGUCUACGCCCAUUAAAACACAUGUAGGACGCGGAACAAGGAAGUGAUGCACCUGUUACCUCCGCCUCUUUAACUGCGUUUCAGCUUUUUUUCUGCGACCCCAAUAUUUUGUGUUAAGCCCCAUCAUGGCAGAUGUUGAGGAGGAAGGAGUGCAAAGUGAGGAGCAGCAGCAGCAGCAUCAGAUCAGCUCCUCUCCCGGCAGCCCCGAGGCCGCACUGCCCGCUGCCCGCACAGAGGACACUGAGGAGCGGGCAACGCAGGAUGCAGCGGCCCCCACCCAGCACACUCCCAUCUCUGCUGUGGAGACAUCUCUGCUCCAGUUUAAAGUCAGGAGGUUCUUCGUGUUGAGGCCUGGCACUCUGAAUCAGGCCAUCAAAGACGUUGAAGCUCUGGUGGAUAAAGAAGUAGAUGGCAGCGUUCAGAGCAUUUGGCUGAUGGCAGAGGUGGAUCACUGGAACAAUGAGAAGGAGCGUCUUGUUCUCAUCACUGACAGCUCUCUCCUGGUCUUCAAGUAUGACUUUGUCAUGCUCAACUGUGAGCAAUUCCAGAGGAUCCCCCUCAACUUUGUGGACCGCAUCUCCCAUGGACCCUUCAGCUUCCCAAAGCGCUCCCUGCUUCAGAGAGAGGGGGAGGGGGUUCGAGUCUUCUGGGAUCGGCUGAGAGAACCCUCCUUUACUACCAGGUGGAACCCCUUCGCCACUGACUUCCCUUUCAUCACCUUCACCUACCACCCUGUGAGGAACAUCAGUGACACAUUCGCUGCUCUCUGUGACAUUCAGAACUUUCGUGAACAGCUGAAGAAUGCGGCCCAGAAAGUCCACGCAAUGAAGCCUGUCCCUGGGAAGGCCAACGGUGUGCUGGUCCUGAAUCAGAACAUCGAAAUCGAGGCUUACGUGGGCCUCAUGUCUUUCCUCGGCAACCAGAACAAACUGGGAUACUGCAUGGCUCGAGGAAACUUGGGCUUUUAACUUCCUUGUGUAUUGUAAUAGUCUUGUUGUUAUUCAGAUUGUUUGUAUUUAUGCGUCUUGAAAUCAUGUUGAUAAUUUUGUUUUCAUUCAAAUUUUACAAGGAUUGACCAACGAUUUUUCCAUAUUCCUGUUUGUGAAGGUCAUUGAAGCCUAGAUUCUCAGGAUGUUCUGUAUGAAGUUAAAAUGAGUGUGUUUUCUACUUCACUGCUUAUUACUAGUGUGUGGUAUCUGAGUACUCAGAAAUAUCCACAUUUCAACACUGCUCUUCACCAGAUGAUGGAUCCCCUGCUGCUCUCAAGGAGCUUUGUAUUUGCUCCUCAGUGAUAUGGUAAUUCAACUCUUUCGCAAUGGGACUCCUUUCUUCCUCCCCCAGAGUCUCUGUUAAAAGCUCAUCCCCUUGUCUUUCUGUUCCUUAGAGAUUCACUGGAGCAUGGGGGCACAUUUGUCAGUUUAGUUUUAUCAUUUGUAGUGUAUUUUUUUUUUUUUUAGCAGUGCAUACAGUGUUGGAAUUUCCCCUUGAUUUGUGUGUUGCUGUGCUUGUUUCCGUGUCAUUUGUUUGUGUUGUAAGCCUGAAAAAACACAAGCUUACAUAUUAUGUUGCCUUUUCCUUUUUAGUGGUAUAAGAUAUGCAGAUUCCUCUGCACUAUUUUUGUUGAGUGCGCUUUAGUGCAUCACAUAGAAGGUGUAAUAAAAUGUGGAUGGAGCCACUAUGACAUCACCCAGUUUAGGCUCUCGCCAUCUUGGCAGUACCUCAGUCCACCUACCUCUUGGCUAAUCCAAAAAUGGGCAAACGGAUGGAGCAUGGGUGGGUGCUGAGAUGAGUCGAAUGGAGCCUGGUAACUGAAACAUGCCCACCUAGCUCUUACUUACCAAGCUAGAAAAAGCUAACAAGAGUAUUGCUGUGUUCACACCAAAGGCUGUAAAUAAUAAAUAGAUUCACAAGAAAACAAAGCAAAGUUUCAUCUUGCAAUAUUCACAGGAGUUUGAUUAUUUGUGUUUACUCUUCUUACUUGCACAAAUUUGACCUCAGGCUUAUUUGACCCAAACCAACAGUAGGCACCAACAGCGUUUGUGUUCAGUUCAGCUUCUGACUAGACUCAGCGCUCACCAGAGACUCCAGUUCUUUCUGUUCUCAACUGUCUUUUCUUUAUCCCCCUCUCUUUGUUUAGGAGGUAUAUUUCCACUCCAUUCAGCAGUCAAAUAAGAUUGAUUUAAGUUACAGUAAAAUUACAUUACAAUGGAUUUGGGCAUCUCCACUUUAAAUCCACUUUUGAGUCCCAAAGUAUAAAAUAAUCUCUGUGGACUUCUAGACUCCAGAUGUUUUUUCCUCCAGUAGUUCUACCGGGCAUUGCCCUCAGCACUGCCCUUCAGAGCUCACCAGCUUGCAGCUUCUGUUAGCAGCCAGUUAGCAGAACCAAAGUAGUUUUUCUACCACACUGUAAACUUGCUUUUUUCUGCUGUUCAGGUGUGAGGCCCUUGGAGAUUGUUCUUAUCAUACCCUUACCUUGUUUAUACAAAGAAAUCAUGUUUUCUGAAGGAUAAAUCCAGUGAUAACUAUUGACACUUGAUCAGUGCCACAACUGUGAUUUCCUGUUAUAAUGUUAAAGUAUUAUCACACAUUCAAAUUAUUGAAUUCUAA